AUGAAAUAAAAAGUUGAUUAAAUUAAAUAAGAAUACAAAAUGAAAACAGAUGAAAUCAUUUAGAAUUUUGAAUAAGCAUUAGAUGUAAAAUAAAUAUUUAAUUAAUAUAAAUAGUCUUCAUUCAAUAGAAUUGAUACAUAACUUGAUGAAAUUCUUAAUGAUAAGUUUAAUUUGAUUUAGAUAUAGCCAUCCUAAUUAUUAUUAGAAUUACCAAAAGUCAAUUCUAAUAGUUUACUUAAAUUUAAAAAUGAUGAUUUUCAAAAGUAAAUCAAUUAAGAAGUGACUUCUUUAAUCAAAAGUAAUAUUCAAAAAGUACUUUAAAAGAAUGAAUAAUAAUAUCAAUAUUUAUAUAAAGAAGCUCAAACUAAAUGGCAAGACUAAAUUUAAGAAAAGGAUUAUCAAAUUUAAUAACUUAAUAAUAAUUCAUAAACUAUUUAACAAUCAUCAACAUUUAUAUCUAAUCAAUCAAAUCUUAAACCAUUCACUUAUUAAUUAAUUUAACAAAAUUAAAUUAAAUAAGAUUAAUAUUGUAUAGCAAUUGCAGUUAAUAAAGAUUGUUCAAUAGUGGUUGCUGGAUGUAAUAAAUAAAUUAAAGUGUUUGAAUUUUAAUAAGGAAUGUUGAAUUAAGUUUAACUUUUAAGUGAACAUGGGAGUACUGUUGUUACUUUGAAUUUCAUGAAGAGAUCGGAUCAGUUUAUAUCUGGGAGUCUUGAUAAAUAGAUUAUUAUUUGGACAAGAAAUCAAAAUAAUUCAUGGAUUUGUUCAUAGAAAUUAAAUGGACAUAAGGGUUUUAUCAGAUGUUUAAUAAUAAAUAAUAAUGAAGAUCUUAUCGUAUCUGGUAGUUAUGAUAAGACAAUUAAAUUCUGGUAAAAGUAGAAUGAAUGGUUGUGUUCAUAGACAAUUACAGAUCAUACUAAUAUUAUAUGGGGAUUAAGUUAAAAUGAAUAAUAAAAUAGAGUGAUAUCUUGUGGAGAGGAUAAACUUAUAUUGGUAAUGGAAUAAUAGAAUACAUAAUGGAUUGUAAUUUAAAAGAUUACAGUAGAAACAUUUGGAGUCCGAUUAUGCUUUAUAGAUAAUAAUACAUUCACAUUCUAUCCUUCUUGGUAUGAGUGUAUACAUGUUUUUGAGAUUAAUAAUGCUAAUUAAUAGUAUAUAAAGACAAAGGAUAUUCAAGUAAAAGGUGGUUCAGAUGAUUUUUUAUUUCCUUCAUAAUAUAUUUAAUCAAAAUGUAUCCUUGUAAAUAAGAAUGCUUAAGAUGUGAGUUUAAUAAGGAAGAAAUAAAAUGGUGAGUUUAUAGUAGAGUAGUCUAUUUAAUUUGGAACUAGAGAUAUAUAUGGAUGUAUGACUGAUGACGGACAAUAUUUGAUCACAUGGGAUAAAAAGUCAAACGAAUUUUAGAUCAGACAAUUUCUGGAAUGA